CGGCGAAAACUGCCCGCCCGCAGAACUUCUAUUUGUGAAGCUGCACUUUUCACAACGAACGAGCAGCAGAGCACGGCUCUGCUGGAUGGGUUCUAUAUUUUUACUCUUUGAGAUAUAGGAGAGUGUUCUCUUCUAAAAUACACAACAGUCAUCAUCAUGUCAGGCUCAUCGACGCCUGGCGCAAAGCCAGAGAAGACAAUGUCUUCGCGGCUUCUCACAAUGAAAUUCAUGCAACGGGCCGCCCACGCAGCUGCCAACAAUGCCACUGCAUCCCCAUCCGAAGAGAGUCGCACCACGCCGAAACGAGCACGACUCUCCAUGGACGCUGCAGGAUCAAGUCCUGCCACUCCCUCCUCCGAUCUAGAUGCCAUCUCAGCUGCCAUCAAGGCGGAAGAGCAGAAACGCGCUGAGGCAGUCGCGCGUCAGGCGGCCGAAGCUGGAGAAACAGAAUGGGUGCUUGAUUUCCCUGGCGCAGACUCUCCGGUAUCAGCACAGCCACAGCAACCCUAUAUCGUGUCCGAGGAUUCCUGGGAUGUACCGGACGAGGUCUCUGGGGGACGCAGGAGCUAUGGGAACUUCAAGCGGAAGAAGAAAUCCGCCUACGAUGCGGUGGAAUACGACUCGGAUGAUGACUUGGGUGAUGUGGAUCUGACGGACCCAGCACAAGUCGAUGCCAUGUUGCAGAGAGCCAAGAUCAAAGCAGCCAAGAAACAAGUCAAGAAAUUUGACCCUGAUAGUAUCAGGCUGGGUGACUUGACGAGUAUCUCAGGUGGUCGUGAGGCCCCCAGAAUAAGACAAGAUUUUGAUAAGAAAAAGAAGAAGAGAAAGUCGCGGUGAAGCGUAAACCAGGAUUGAGCUGGUCUUAUCUCUUUAUUUUUUCUGAUGGUUUCUGAUCUGAGAUCCGUAUCGGUUGUUCUGAUCCAUAUCUCCAGUUUCGGGGGGAUGUUCGAGGGACGGGCGUUUUGCUUCUGCAUAGAAUAGGCGUUACGGAAAAGCAUGUGACGAGGUCUUCUUAAGGCAUCAACGGGCUUUUUUAUUAAUGGGAUC